GAAGCAUAUCAUGACACAGCAAACUUGAUCCCUACAUUUAGCAGCAUGCUGUCGUGAAGCGGGUUAUAGGCGGUACACGCGUGGCCGUCAGAGUGACUGGCCAAACAGUCAGAUCAAGUGUAGAAGUUGUGUUCUGCAGUUACGAUGUCUCCAGAGAGGAGUAUUCGUGCACAGGUGUACCUACUGCUUGCCGCGUCAGGUCGGUCUCCAUGUAUGGUCCAGACCCUUCAAUGCAGGAACGAUUCCGGCAUCAUCGCUGGCCCCACGGUCCUGAAAUUUACCUCUCCGCAUGUAUACCCUAGCAACAAAUUUGAUGUGUCUUGUUGGUGGAGAAUAACAGCGUUUGGUCCGGACAAUAUUGUUUGCCUUCUUGUUCAGUUCCCUGAGAUGACCAACAUUCGAAACUGUAUGAUGACAUAUCUCGACGUCUAUGAUGGGUUCGACAGUGAUGCGACUAUCCUAGGGAGAUGGUGUGAUAUGAACUCUCCGCUGCUUAGAAGUACUGGCAACCAAACCUUUGUCUACUCAAAGACGCCAGUCGGUGUCCAAUUCAAAUUUGAUGUUUGGUAUUGCACAAAUGAAUUUUCCAUGGGGAAUAUGAGCAAUGUGUCUGUUGGCACUGAUAACGCGUCGUCGCUAUCAACAGGGGUUAUACUAGGAAUUGCCGCUUGUUUAUUGAUAGCAGUGGCUAUUUUUUCUGUGAUAACAAGGCACGUUGUCCGUAAAACGUGCUGGAACCGCCCCCAAAACACAGGACAACAAACGCCAUCAGUUUCAUCAGGCGUGGAGAGUAACCCCCCUGAUUACUGGUCAGUAGUUGUAUCCCCUUCAAGGGAGGUCGUGGCAUUUCACCCCAGGGAAAACCCCCCUGCCUACUGGGACGUCGUGACAAUGAGUGAGGAGAAUACCGGUUCACCACUGCAUGAAGACCACAGAGCAAUAUCUAUACAAGAACGCCACAGAACUAUACCUGUGCAAGGGGACCAGAGUGCAAUACCUGUGCAAGAGGACCAGAGUGCAAUAUCAGUGCCAGAGGACCACAGUGUGAUAUUACAACAGAAUCACUAUGUAAUACCAAGAGAGGACUGCAAUGAAACACCACUGUCCCAGGACAAUAUUGAAACACCAUUUUCAGGGGACCAUGGUGAAACGCCAUUGGCACUUGACCAUAGUGAAACAGCAUUGGCACUUGGCCAUAGUGAAACAGCAUAGUCAGAGCGAAACGGGGCACUAGCAUUGCAAAGAUAUUAACCAGAGUGAAAUACUAGUAUAGUACAAUACCGUUGCAGGAUCAGUGAAAUACCGUUAGAAGAGGACAACAAUGCAACGCCAAUGCAAAUUUACAAGAGGAUCAGAACCAGACCGAUUCAAAGUCGGUACAAAGGGAACUACAGGACGAAGUGGUCGCCGUAUGAUUCAAGUAUAAUGAAAAUGUAUCACAGUCGUUCCUUAGGCACGCCAGAAACAUAUGAUUGUGGGUUCGAACCCCGGUUCGCCACGAUUAUGUUUCUAAGUUUGUCAGCACCAUGCCCGUGCUCGUGGGUUUCACCGAAGUGGUAAACGUCUGAGACCUGCAUCACUUCGGGCUUUCCUCCCAUAUUAAGCUGACACGCCAUGAUAUAACUGGAAUACUGUUAAAAUCGGCGUUAAACCCAACUGAUGAUCACUCACUCACUCAUUAACUUCAGGGAUAUUACCUCUUGUCAGGUAUACCAUUUUACAGGUGUCAGAAUAGCUUGUUCUUAUGGGAUUGUGUAUGAAGACUUGAUAUUUUGUGUUACACCAGCAAAACCAGAUGUUGUUUUUAUUAAAACUAUCAGCAUAAAUAUUUAUUAUAUUUAAAAAACCCAACUUUGUAACAGUGUAUUUUUUGUUGUGAUGUUGUGAGGUAGUUGGCCGGGAAUGCUGCGCUAUACUACCAGUGCCAUGGUCAUGUUUGUCGACCUCGCUCGGAUAACUGUAAGGUUAAAAUGUCAUGCAUGUAUAAUAAAAAUUCCUAUAGUUUGUU